AGCACGGCCCCCAGAGGAUCACCGCCUAAGUUGACAAUGUGCUGCUGCUUCUGGUCGUACAGCUUUUUCUGAAAGAUGUACUGGCCCAGUUGCAGGUGGAGGGCCAAGGAACAUCGAUCAGCCAUAGAUGGUAUGUCUUCUGUUCAUACCGACUGACCGACAGCAACGACUACACUGUGGAGAAGGUGAAACUGUUGUCGAUUACAAAGGGAGAGAUGAGCAUCGAAAUGCAAAUGGAGGCUCUCCAAAGUGCAGUGAGCCAGAGGGUCGAGGAGCUGAAGGCCGAGUGCGCUCGGCUCGAAGACGGCCUGGUGCAGGCACAGCGCAGAAUGGCGUCGGAGACAAAGGCCUGCUGUGCAAAAGUGGAAGCCAGGAUGCUGGAGCAUUUGGCCACCCUGGAAAGCAGACUGUCGGCAGCGGAACUGGAGGUGACGGCCUUGCGCCUUCAAAGGGCCAGGCGGGCAGAGGAUGCCAUGGCCCAGCGGGUCGCUCCCAGCCCUGUCCUCAUGGCGGACCCCGUCGACCGGACGCCAAGCCCUCGCCACUCGCCACCCGCGGUGUCGCAGACAGACUCCAGGCACGGAAGUCCCCAGACCAAGCGACCCUUGUCUCCCCAGGACGGACUUAUGCAGGGUGCCCCGUCCAAGCGACCCUCGUCUCCCCAGGACGGACAAAUGGAGGACGCCGCCGAGCCAAAGAAGCGUCGCGUUGUCCUGUCCUACGAGGACUUGGACCCAGCCAUCAGGGUUCGGGUUUUGGACUACAGGCCGGCCGUUGUGGACAAAAGAGAGUUGCUCACGGAACUCCAGCUGGCGCACCUCUUAAUGUCACUGGACCACUUUGAAAUAAGAGAUGCCGUCGAUUUGGAGCACAAGGCCGUGCAAGUCAUCUGCCUGGGCGCCGUCCACGGAGUUUGGCCUGAUCAGCCCUGGGCGCCGCCCAAUUGCAGCCAAACCUUUUUGUGCUACGUCAUGGACAAAAUCAGGACACACCUGAAAACAGUGGCCAAGCGAGCGCUGCUGGAAAAGCUGAGGCAGUCCUAUUUAGAAGACCUGGCUCAUCCGUAGCGGUCAAGCGGCAGCCCUAGCGGAUCGGACACAAGAACACUGACACUACCCUGUUCGGCCUAUUUUAUUCUCGUUUUAUUCAAUGUGUUCAUCCAAUGUUUUAUCUUCUUUCCUGUUCUGGUGUUGUAAUGUUAAAAGUGUCAUAUAAAUGUUA